AUGUCUCAACUUACGAUUCUCUUUGUCAUCGCCGCGGCGUAUGGAGUGAUUGCUGAGGAUGUGAGGAAAGACGACUCCGCUACAGACUCUCGUGCUUCACAGAGUGGAUUAGUUGGUUAUGGUGUUCCUCUUGGUGGGCUUGGUGUUGGCAACGGACUCGUUGGAGGCGGUUGGGGUCUCGGCGUGCCCACAGCGGGCCUCUCGGCCGGAUCUGGCCUCGUGUCAACGGGAGCAGGACUCAUCGGUGGUGGCGGUAACCUGAACAACGCCGCUGCCGCCGGUGUGGCUCAGCUCAGUGCUAUUCAGAACGCCCAGGCCGUGCAAGCCGCCCAGAUCGCUAACGCCGCCGCCGCUGCCAUCCAAGGCGCUCGUGUCACCGAAGCCGCCGCCCGCGCCGGACAGGCUAACGCCAUCCAGAACGCUCAGGCAUUAGACGCUGCGCGUUUGGCCAACAUUCAGAGAGCUCAAGCUGCCGCCUACGAAAACGCUCGCGCUGCCGAAGCAGCGAGACGUGCCUCCGCCGCCGCCGCCGCUGAAGUCGGACGCGCCGUAGAAGCCGAACGCGUCGCUAACGCCGCCCGCGUCCAAGCCGCCGCUAUCGCCAACGCCCGUGCGGUGGAAGCUGCCCGUAUCGCGAACGCGGCGAGAGCUCAGGCUGCCGCUAUUGCAACCAGUGCCGCUCAGGCGCAAGCCGUCGCUGACACAGUCGCGAGGAACGCUGGAGCCGGUGGUCUGUUGCUCGGCAACGGAUUAGGUUUAGGUUAUGGCAACGGCGCAGUCAUCGCCGCCGCUCCCAUAGCUGUAGGCAGUGCCAUCCCAGUGGGAAUCGCUAACCUCGGCGGUCUCGGACUCGGUAACGGCCUCGGCCUCGGCGGAUGGGGACUCGGCUCUUACGGCCUUGUCGGUGGCUAUGGAGGCAAACACUAAACUAAUAAAUAAUUUAACGAUUUACGCCAUUAGGGAAGUCACCAAAAAAUUAUAGAUAGAAUAAUCAAUUUCUACAACCAUUUCUACAUCUCGGUCGAAGGAAAUGGUUAGCGGCAAAUUAAUAUUAAGUACUGGUCGUGUAAAUAUAAUAUUA